UCCAAUACCGGAAGUGCUUCAGCUUCGAGGUUGUGAAGUUGAAACUUCAACUCAGAACGCCUUCUCCUCUCCCACAGGAGCUACGCUUAGUGAGUUACUUCUCUACUGCCUGAAUUUGGUCCCUACUUCCGUGCUAGGGUUUCCCAGUUCCAAGUAAUAUUAAUUUAUUAUUGAGAUUUGUCUCAUCCAAUUCUGUGUGCCUACUAGACAUGCCUACACAUGGCACUGGCCACCUCGAACUUGCGACCAUGUAGCAUGUGUUUUAAUGGGCCACACUUGAAAAGUGCAAUUUCUUUUGAAGCAGAGCAAGGAUACAAGAAUGCAUAUGGUAGAAAAAUGAGUUUCAGCAAUUUUCUGUACUCCAUGCUUUCAAAAUUGCGUUCUCGAUCGAGGAUCAAGUUUACUAAAAAGCUGUUGGAGAAAGUUAACAGUUAUGGCUCUGCAAGGACCUCAGAUCGGUCAAAGUUACCUCAUAAGGUUUCUGUCUUGAUGGGGCAUAAGCCGCAUAACAUUGUACACGACUUAAUUGAGAAUGGAAGAGCUCGAAGAGAAUCUAGUCUAGAUCCAAAAGAUGUAAUGGAUGAAUUUGAUGCUUCAUUAGCCAGUAAAAGAUUUCCAUCUAUUACUUUCGGUAGUUCUUCAGUUAUCGAAUUAUAUGAUGGGACUUCUUGUCAAAUGGGAAGAGUUGACCUGUUACCAGUUGCAAGCUGCGAUGGAUUUCUCCCGAGUUCUUUGGAAGACAAAUGGAGCAAAGAUGAUGCAAUAAGAGAAUCGUGGUCUUCAUUAGAUCAUUCAGUAUCAAAGGGGAACUCAUCAUCAUCAUCAUCACUAGAUGACGGAAAUUCUUACAUGUUGGCAUCGCAUCCUCAGUCCAUGGCUUUGGAGGAUGAUGGAAAUUCAGAUUCUAAAGUUGUGAUGGAGGAAUCUUUAAAGCAUAUGGGGGUUGAAACACAACAAAAUGGAGCAUCUGUUGAGCUGAUUCUUGAUAAGCCCAUCAGUUGUCUACCAGGUUUAAGCAAAAAGCUUUGUCAUCAGCUUGAAAAGUGUGGUAUUUAUACGACACGGAAAUUGCUACACCUGUUUCCUCGAACAUAUGCUGAUCUACAAAAUCCUCAUGGAGAGAUCGAUGAUGGGAAUUAUUUGAUCUUUUUCGGAAAAGUAUCAUCUUCCAGAGGGAUCAAAGCUGGCGCAGCAUUCUCUUUCCUUGAGGUUGUUGUGGUUUGUGAGAUGGCAACUAGUGAAGUAAGUUCUGAACCUAAUAGUGAUGAUCUUAUUGGCGAGGGAAAGAAGAUCUAUCUGCAUUUAAAGAAGUUUUACAAAGGUGCCCGUUUUACAAAUCGAAAUUUUCUUCUUUGUCUUCAGUCCAAGCACCAAGAAGGAGAUCUUGUAUGUGUUAGUGGUAAGGUCAGGAUAAUGCCUAAGAAAGAUCAUUAUGAAAUGAGAGAAUAUAACAUUGACGUACUUGAAGAUGAGAAGAAACCAGACAUCCAUGGAGACGUGAGGCCGUAUCCUCUGUACCCUUCUAAAGGAGGCAUGAAUCCGGCCCUUGUGAGGGACAUCAUUUCAAGAGCCUUACAGUCCCUCUCCACCGAUAUUGAUCCUCUCCCAAAAGAUAUUUGUGAGGAAUUUGGUUUAUUAACUCUUCAUCACGCAUACAGGGGAAUCCAUCAUCCAAAGGAUUUGAAAGAAGCCGAUUUAGCUCGCAGGCGGCUAAUAUUUGAUGACUUCUUUUACCUUCAGUUGGGAAGACUCUUUCAAAUGCUUGAUACACUUGGUACACGGAUAGAGAAAGAUGGGUUGCUGGAUAAGUACCAGAUAAAUAAACUGAAUGUUCUUCUUGUGGAAGAAUGGUCCAGUCUCACGACGACAUUUUUAAAAGCACUUCCAUACUCCCUUACUCCUAGUCAGUUAAAUGCAGUUUCAGAAAUUAUUUGGGAUCUCAAACAGCCAGUCCCAAUGUACCGGCUUCUGCAGGGUGAUGUUGGAUGUGGCAAGACGGUGGUUGCUUUCUUGGCUUGUAUGGAGGUCAUUGGCUCAGGUUAUCAGGCAGCUUUCAUGGUUCCAACAGAACUACUUGCUGUCCAGCACUAUGAGCACCUUAUGUCUUUGCUAGAGAACAUUGAGGACCAGCGUAAACCAUCUGUUGCUUUACUAACAGGUUCAACCCCAUCGAAGCAAUCACGACUAAUUCGUAAGGGUCUUCUGGAUGGAGAUAUUUCAUUGGUCAUUGGAACUCACAGCCUAACAUCUGAAAAUGUGGAAUUUUCGGCUUUACGAAUUGCAGUAGUGGAUGAGCAACAUCGCUUUGGUGUGAUCCAGAGGGGAAAGUUUAACAGUAAGUUGUAUUAUGCGUCUGCAAACUCCAGACUGAACCUUGCAAAGUCUGAUGGGUCAUCCGAAAAUGAAGUCUAUAUGGCUCCUCAUGUUCUAGCUAUGACAGCUACUCCGAUCCCAAGGACACUUGCUUUGGCUUUAUAUGGGGACAUGACUCUAACCCAAAUAACAGAUUUACCUCCUGGAAGAAUACCAAUAGAGACAUACAUCUUUGAAGGCAAUGAUAAGGGAUUUGAAGAUGUUUAUCAGAUGAUGUGGGAUGAGUUACAGACAGGAGGGAAAAUUUAUCUUGUAUAUCCUGUGAUAGAAGAAUCAGAGCAGCUGCCCCAGCUUCGUGCUGCUUCUGCAGAUCUUGAGACAAUAUCUUCUAAAUUUAAGGGAUACCAGUGUGGGCUGUUGCAUGGAAGAAUGAGGAGUGAUGACAAAGAUGAAGCAUUACGAAUGUUUAGGUCAGGGGAAACAAAGAUACUGCUUUCAACUCUAGUGAUUGAGAUUGGUGUUGAUGUUCCUGAUGCAUCCAUGAUGGUAGUCAUGAAUGCUGAGAGAUUUGGAAUGGCUCAACUGCACCAACUAAGAGGACGAGUUGGCCGUGGACAGAGGAAGUCGAAGUGUAUUUUUCUUGCAUCUACCUCCAGUAGUCUGAGCCGAUUGAAGGUCCUUGAGACGUCAUCUGAUGGUUUUCACCUGGCCAAUGUAGACCUUUCUCUUCGUGGACCAGGUGACUUGCUUGGUAAGAAACAGUCAGGACAUCUUCCAGAGUUUCCCAUUGCCAGAUUGGAGAUUGAUGGAAAUAUUAUACAAGAGGCACAUUUGGCUGCAUUGAAAAUUUUGGGUACUUCUCAUGAUCUCAAACACUUUCCGAAACUCAAAGCCGAGCUUAGCAUGAGAGAGCCCCUUUGCCUUCUGGGUGACUGAUCAUUCUUGUAAAGCAUUUUGGGCACUCAAAAUCCAUGAUCAAGAUGCAGGAUAUUCAUGAACUGCUUGAUAUUACAA